GAAUAUAAUAUCUGCACGAGUUUUCAUUCCAGUGAUAUCUCUCUCUAUCUCGGAACUGUAGAUGGCUGAUGAGCCAAUGCCUACUCGUUGGUCCUUCCAGGGUGGAGUGCAAUUCAGGGGUAUCCUCACCCAUGGCCUUCUUAAGAAGAUGAUAGCCACCUUUGUAGAGAGGAUCUUGAGACCUUUUACGAUGUUAAGUUUGGAAGAAAGAUGAUGCCCCAGGAAAACGGUGAGACUGUGAAUGGUCAAGCUAAUGGAGGUCAUUCUAAUGCCAAUUCUUCGAUUGUAAGGUCAAAUGGGGACGUGCAGGUGAAGAACAAAACUGAAUUGGCUAUAUACGAGCAGUGCCAAAAUCAGAGUCCAGGAAGUUCUACAAAUUCCGGUGGAGUUUCAUCUAGUACAAUGAAUGAAAAGCCGCAGAAAUCUCUGCUUCCUCCUUUUCAAUCUGCAGAAAUGCGUACUUUGGCUGAGAGUUUAAGUAGAGACAUCAUUCGAGGUAGUCCAGAUGUGAAGUGGGAAAGCAUAAAGGGUUUACACAAUGCCAAACUGCUUCUCAAGGAAGCAGUUGUAUUGCCAAUAAAAUAUCCCAAGUACUUCACUGGUCUUCUGACACCCUGGAAAGGCAUUCUACUUUUUGGCCCUCCUGGAACUGGAAAGACUAUGCUUGCGAAGGCUGUUGCAAGUGAGUGCAAAACAACAUUUUUUAACAUUUCAGCAUCAUCUGUUGUCAGCAAAUGGCGUGGUGAUUCUGAAAAGCUAGUGAAAGUAUUAUUUGAGCUUGCUAGGCAUCAUGCACCUUCUACCAUAUUUCUUGAUGAAAUUGAUGCCAUCAUUAGCCAACGUGGGGAAGGACGAGGUGAGCAUGAAGCAAGUAGGCGCUUGAAAACAGAGCUACUCAUCCAGAUGGAUGGUCUGGCACAAACAGAUGAACUUGUGUUUGUUCUGGCGGCAACUAAUUUGCCUUGGGAACUGGACGCAGCAAUGCUUAGGCGCCUAGAGAAACGAAUUCUUGUUCCUCUUCCAGAAGCAGAAGCUAGACGAGCAAUGUUUGAGGAGCUUUUAAUGCCCUCCAAAGAAGAAGAAGAAAAAAUUAAACUUCCAUAUGAUGUUUUGGUAGAAAGAACAGAAGGCUAUUCAGGAUCAGAUAUUCGAUUGUUAUGCAAAGAGGUAGCCAUGCAACCUUUGAGGCGGUUGAUUACUGUUCUCGAAGAAAGACAAGUACUGGCCACGCCUGAGGAAGAACAGGAAGAAGAAUUGCCUGAAAUUGGGAGAAUACUAAAUGAGGAUAUUGAGAUGGCAUUAAAUAAUACAAGGCCUUCUGCUCAUCUCCAUGCUCAUCGUUACGAUCAGUUCAAUGCUGAUUAUGGCAGUCAAAUACUCAACUAAAGGUAUUGCACUGGCUUUAAUGUAAUGCUAUUAAUGUGUUGUCCUUAAAUAUGACAUUCAUAAUACAAUACACAAACUUAAUAUUCUAAAAAAAGUAGAUAAAAUGUAUAAUGUGGGAAGUAGUGAUACAUCAUAGGAAUCUGAUAUUUAAAUAAUUUACACUUCCAUUAUAAUAGUAUGAUUUAUGUUUGAAUUGAA